GAUGGAGUUUGAACAAGCCAUAUCUCUACAACUGCCUGCCAAAUCGCUGUUGGUUCAUCUUUCAUGGACAUGGAAUGAUGGCAUACAAGCGGAAGAUUUUGUGACGCUGGAUGUUGUACUGCGCCCCGAAGACAAACCUGAAGGUGAUUGGCCCCCUCAUCUUCAAAGCUGGGAAAGUACUCUGGAGAAAAAUCCAGGACUGCGAAACUUUCUGUAUGAUUGUCUCAUACAGCCGGAAAGUCACCCCAUAGUUCUGCGAUGCAUCUCUUCUACUACGAGUGGUUAUGUCACGCGAGCAGAUUUUUUAGAGUAUCACCUACCUUCCAGCAAUUCAAUCGAAAAGAUUGCAGCAUUCGUCGGACCUUGUGAGUAUGUCAAAGCUCUACCUCCGCAUGCAAAUCUCGAACGAUCGUUUCAGAACAUUGCGCCUUUCAUCAUGGGCUGUGUGCUUCUGCCCGAAACGUUGCGCAGCAGUGCUGAUUGGCAUACUGCUUCACUGGAUGCCUUGCUGGCGGCUGGUUUGUCACCCGGCUGGCUUAGCAAAGAACCACUGAAGAAGACAUGCGUGGUCUGGGUCGGUGGCCGAGCACUUGAACCCGGUGAUCAUGUUUCUAAAGCCGCAUCCGCGAUGGGUGUCUCCCUUGUUCUUGUCGAAUCACCGGACUAUCCACAACGGAGCAUCUCUACACCAAAUGCACGCUUACCGGAUAAGUUCAUAUCUAUGGACAUGACUACGGAUGCAGGAUUCACCGAGCGAUUGCUCAAAGCAGUCACUACAUUCUCUACCGAGAUACCGGUGAAUGGGCUUUGCACAAUCGACGAAAUUUACACAAUUCAAGUCGCACAAGCAUGCCAAGUUCUUGGAUUACCAUGCUCCCCCACGGAAUGCUACAUCAAUGCGCUGGACAAAUUUACAACAAGGUCUUUGGAGCUAGACACGCAUGGGUCCUUUCGUGUUUACGGUGUAGAAGAUCUUCACCGGUAUCUAGGCAAACAACAAAUUCCGUUUCCGUAUCCUAUGGUAGUGCGGCCAUGCGUAGGAUGGAGUAGCCAGUGCGUUGCCAAGGUAUCAAAUGAGGAUGAAUUGUUCCGCGCAGUUCAAAAUGCAUCCGAUCGGCACGCGGUGCCCAACACGUUGGAAUGGUUCGAACCUCGAACAGACGUCAUCGUCGAACCGUACAUCGAGGGGCCAGAGGUGGACGCCAACUUUAUUCUGCUGGACGGCGAGCUGCUGUUCUGUGAGAUUUCAGACGACUUCCCCAGUCCCGCAGAUCUCCCGCCAUCUGGCGCCCAGCAGCAAGAUAACUUCCUCGAGACUAUUCAGCUCAUUCCAAGUAAUCUACCAAAUGACGAACAGUCGCUACUUCGAAGAAACAUUCAUGAGAGUAUCCUUCGGCAAGGAUUCACUACAGGCGUCUUUCAUUGCGAGGCUCGUGUGCAAUAUUCAUCGGCGCGAUACACCACAGAGGGGGGCAUAUUCGAUUUGCGUUGGGAAGGUGAUGCACCACGCUCAACGUCUGUAAAGACUUUUCUCCAUGAGAUAAACCCCCGACCUCCCGCCUAUCAGUCCACGAUGGCUAUUCUGGGAGCCUACGGAGUCGACUAUUAUGCUCUGCAUCUAGCCGCAUGUCUCAAUGACAAAGUGCGCUUUCGUGCGUUCUCGCAACCGUUGAAGCACGCACCACAACAUACAGUGGCAGUAAAAUACCUUCAUGAGUCGUUGCCUGGAACGAUGGCAACGAAUGACGCAGGUACCGACCUCUUAAUGCGGGUACCUCGUUUGCAAUCGAAUGUGCCAUUCUUCAAAACGUUGAAAAAGAAGGGAGAUGGUCUCAGGAAGUCGGGAUGGUUAUCAUUUUUAGCUUAUUUUGUCAUCGUGUCCAAGAUCUCCCGGAAGGACUGCCUGGAACUGGUAAGGUUGGUGGAGGAUGAGUUCCGAUUCGCAGUGGAGUAA